AUGAAGCAACAUACACACAGUUUAUGCCAAACCCAAACCAGGUUCUUUAUUCUCAGGAGUAACCAGAAAACGAAAUGGAAUUGCACUUACUCAUCUUAAUAUUAUCGUUACUCUUAUAAUCUUCUUGGAUUUCUAACUCUGUUUAAUUUGCUUCACUUUGCCACAACCGUCGCUAAAAAUCAUGGCGAAGGGUCGCAAAUUCACCGCGAAUCGAAACGAGCGUUUGUUAGGAACAAACUAUAUCCAGAGCUCCGUUACUGUUACUCAUGAAGUAACCGAUUUCAGGGAAGAAGACGUGUGGUCCGUGGUGGAUGAUCGUGACCGUGACCGUGAAUUGAAUUUCUCUCCCGGCGAGUGGGAUUCACGCGCGAGUUCGUGGAGUCGGGAGAGAGAGGAGAAUAACCGGAACUUUGGUGGUUUGUCGCAGGCGUUUGAGAAUUCAGGAAGUAAUGUUGCGACGGCGGCUUCGUCGAGGAUCGUGCACCACCAGUACCGUGCGUCGAUGGGACGUAACGUGGCUACGUCGGCGCCGGUGAACGUGCCGGACUGGAGUAAGAUACUCCGAGUUGAAUCGGUGGAGUCGUUGCAUGAUAUGGAUGAUGGUUUUGAGGAGAGCGAGUCGGAGAUGGUUCCGCCGCACGAGUAUUUGGCGCGUGGCCGGAAAAUGGCGGCAAACUCGGUUUUCGAAGGCGUGGGUCGGACUUUAAAGGGGCGGGACUUGAGAAGGGUUCGGGAUGCUGUUUGGAACCAAACCGGGUUCGAUGGUUGAGAUGGACCGGUUUAAUAUGAUUCAGUUCAACCGGAUUAAUUCUUGUUUGUUGCUAUGAACUUGUGUCAAUUGAAAAAUUUGGGUGAAAAAUUAGUUUCAUUUGGUUUUGUUUCGAUUGGAUGGGUGGGUUUUUUUGGACCCGGUUUAUAAGAAUCUAAUGCCGUGUCCAGUGAGGUUAAUUAAGCAAGUAAAUGUUUGCAGUUAGAAGAUGGAAUUUGGAUUAAGUUGGUCUUAGUAUGAACAAUGUAAUCCCGUUUUGGACAAAUCUAUAUAAUAUAUGAUUUUUUGUUAUAGAAA